GCCAUUCCCAUUCUCGGUCUCGUUCCAUCAAUCAUUCGUCGUGAUCUCUGAAGUUUCUGUUUCUAUUGCUCGGAAAUGGCUUCCUCGCUUCCUCCUCUAAAGAGGCUCGUCUUCUCCAACCUCCUCCCGAAGCCCCUUCUCGUCGCUCGCUCGGCGGCACAGCCGGCAUCUCGGCUCUUCAACACCAACGCUGCUCGUGUUUCAGACUCCGACGACUACGAAUGUAGCGUCAACGGCGUUCGGCGCUGGUGCAAUCGCCCUGCUCUCCGUCGCGUCAAGUUCGCUCCCUUCUCGUUCUUAGAUGCAUUUGAUCCGUUCUCAACGACGAGGAGCCUCAGCCAGAUCCUGAACGCGAUGGACCAGAUCAUGGACUCCCCAUUGACCGCCGCCGCGACCCCCGGCUCUGGAUCACCUCUCCGCCGAGGCUGGGACGCGAGGGAGACAGACGACGGCCUCUACCUCCGUGUGGAUAUGCCUGGAUUGGGCAAAGAGAGCGUGAAGGUGUCUGUGGAGCACAACACACUAAUCAUUAGGGGCGAAGCUGAAAAGGAAUCCGGCGACGAGGAUGCCGGGCGUAGGUACACUAGCAGGAUCGAUCUCCCGGAGAGGCUGUACAAGACCAAUGAGAUCAAAGCCGAGAUGAAGAAUGGCGUCCUCAAGGUCGUGGUGCCGAAAGUGAAGACGGAAGAGAAGGGAGCUGAUGUGUUCAACGUCAAGGUUGAGUGAGUGAUUUUCCUCGUAAUUCAUAAAUAAAUUUGUGAAUCGAAUUAGGUAAAGGCCUAAAGCCUAAUGUUUGCCUUUGAUUGAUAGCGGAUUCUGAAUUCCAAUUUUGUUAAUUUCCCAACUUGAGAUUGUUGAGCCCAAAUACUUUCCUCCAUGUGGGCCGUUGUGAUUUGAAUUGAGGAGACCGUAUCAAUCUACUUCAACCUCUCAUGAACCUGUUUCUAAUUCAGGGCCCAUUCAGUUUAGCCCUUUGCAAACUCAAUUGGGCCCAUGAAUUAAUGCAAACAAUUAAUUUAAAAAUGGUAUUGAACUUUCAACACAAUCGAUAUAUGUUGCAAGACAAGAUUUAUACAAACCUUGGAUUUUGUUGAUUAUUGCGAUCCUUUCUGCUA